ACCAGGUCCACCUUCUCAACAAUCACCUACUCUUUUCUCUCUCCAUUUGAAAAUAAAAAAAUAAAAUAUUCUCUUAUUUCAUUAUCUAAUAUCUAUUAUUGCGGGGUUACAUACAAUCUUAUAUGUGUAUAAUUGUGUGUGUAUAUAUAUGUGUGAUGUUUCGUGAAUAUCAUAACCAGAUUUUGGUCACCAAAAAAGUUAAAUGAGUUUGUUGUGAAGUCAUAUAUAAUAUGAUUGUGGUGGCAAUGGACAAUGAAAACCAACCGCCAAAUCCAUCGUGGUCGUCGUCGUCGCCUGUGAGAGGCGGAGGAGAAGGAGAAGGAGAAAGAGGGAAGGUAGAAAAUGAAGAGGUGGCUCAAUCUUCUUCUCAUCAAGAUCAGAAGGCAAAAGCAGCAAAGCUAAAACCAAAUCCCACUUUCUUGGGAAGGCACAGGAUGAAUGCAGCUAUAUCUCAUCUCAAUACCCAAAUCAACAUAAUUGAGAAAGAGCUAAAUGAACUAGAGACAGUUGGUGAUUCCUCUAUUGUAUGCCAAGAACUCAUCUCAAGCCUCGAAACCAUUCCAGAUCCACUACUUCCCACAACAAAAGGCCCGGCAGACGUCAGUUGGGAUCGCUGGUUCCGAGGAGCGCACAACUCACGAAGCCAUAAACGUUGGAUGUAAGGACCAAGGACACGCAUCGAUGGUGCCACUAGAGUGGGGCAAUGUUUUUUAAUUUGCUUACUUUUGAACAACUCUGUUUCGACUCUUAACAUCACAUUUGCAAAUUCAGAAGCGGAAAUAACAGAGCAAAUUGUGUUAAUGUGCUUCAUUGCGAUUUAAUAGUGUUGUUUUCAUUUCUCGACUUGUAUAAUAUGCAACUAUAUAUCACUUAGACCAGUUCAGGUGGCAACUCAA